AAAAAAAAGAAAAAGAAAAACAAAAUCGAAAAAUCGUACACAUUUGCCAUGAGGAUUUUUGUCUUCGCAGCUACAACUUUUAUCGUUACAUUUUUAAACUAUGUGAAUGGUCAAAUUGUUCUUAAAGCGAGAUCAAAUGCAGCUUGUGCAUACCUAAUCGGCAAACUAUAUUGUUACGGGGGAUCACCAGCCGAUUCGGAUAAAGAUAUCGAUUAUUUAAGCAUGCUCGAUAUAUCAUCCUAUGCCGGAAGUACAGCAGCAGACUUGGAAAAUAAAUGGGUGACAGUCAAUACAGCACAAACUGAUAUUGGUAUGAAUCAUCGAACCAAUCAGCAGUCUAUGCAACUUGCAGAUGGAAAGACUUUAUUGAUAAGUGGUGGAUAUACCGUUUACACUAAACCGGCCUUAAAAGAUCAAACAAUCGCUUUUAACGCAGAAACGCUUUCUUGGGAGGUAUAUCCUAAUUAUGAGGAAGCACCAUUUGGAAACAGACAAAUCUUCCGGUCAUCUUCUGUUUAUGUUCCUGGAUAUGGAGUCGGAUUUUAUGGUGGUAUCGAAACUGGAUAUAAUGAUAGUUGGUCUUACCCACCAGUAAGCAAUUUAUCUGGAUUUGAAGAUCCAAGUAUCAAAAGAAGAAACAUCGGCUAUACUGGAUUGACCUUCUUUGAUAUUACAAACACUUUAAAUCCCUGGUCUGCGUACCCCAUUCAAAACAAUAAGCCUUAUGGAUUUUCAUAUCAUCAAGAGUCUAUAUUUGAUUUUAAAACUAAUCGCAUUUUCUACUUUGGCGGUACACUGAAUGACGGCUUGGACAGUACUGAUCCGGAUAUAUCUUUUGCAAGUUCAAUAACAUUUGAUUUUGCAAAGGGUGAAUGGGGCUCCCAACUCUUAAACGGACAAGGACCAACACCAAGAUUUGGUCAUACGGCUACACUAUUGGAAAAUGAUCAGCGUUAUGUUCUAAUAUAUGGAGGUCAAAGUUUAGGCAGUACAACAAAAGUUUUACCCGAUUAUUGUCACACAUUGGAUCUUGAAACGUAUCAAUGGAAUCAGCAAAAUAUUUCAGCUCCAGCUGAUGUAGAACUUGUCAGAUCACAGCAUUCAGCCGUGCCUACAAAUAAUAACACUGUUUUUAUUAUUUUUGGAAUAGUCGAUAAAACAAUGAAAGCAACGCUUUCAUUAUUAAUGUUGAAUGUUACAGAUCCUUUAAAUAUUACGUUAAACGAAAAGUAUGAAAAGCUUGCGGAGAUCCCAGAAUUCUCUCAAGAAAUUCACGAAAUAAAACCAGGUUCUCAGGAGAAAACUAUUGGUAUCGCCGUUGGUGUUACAGUGGCAGGAUUGAUUGCUAUUGGUUGUGUAAUUUUCUGGAUCAUCAGAAAAAGAAAGCUUUCGAAGAAAAAGGAGGAAUACAUGAUGGAAGUUAAUUGGGAUGAGAUUGAACAGAAAUAUACUGGCAAUAAUUUGCAACCCGUUGGUUAUAUACCUCAUUCAGAUGAAAGUAACACAUUGACAAAUGAAAUUUUAGUACCGGAUGUCGUAUCUCCUAUUCUGAUUGCACAAAAGGAUUCAAAGCUGCAGCGUCCCGAUGUUAUUGAAAAGGCAGAAUCAUCUGGUUCUACAAACAGAGAUCAAACAAUAGAAAAACCUGAUGGCGCCUAAUUCUUUUACUCUUAAUACUUAAUAGUAAAC